AUGAAUAACGAUUCCACAUCGAAGAAGACUUGGACAUCGUCUUCGAUAAACAAAACUGUAGAACGAUGCGAGAUCACUGGGCUGCAGACAGUGGCAUCCUACAACUGGCUGAAAGAUAGUACAUUGGUCGUUCCUGGUGCACCCGGCGUGGUCUCGAAGGACCUCCAAAGCAACCUCCAGUUGACUCGAGAACAGGGCACUAAUGUCAUAGACGAGAAUCAUCUGCGCCAUCCUAGCGCUCCACUCGAACCGCUCUUUCGUAGUGUUAUGCUGUGCUCGCCCGACUUCGACUUCUCGGAUGUAGACAUUGUCUCGGAUCGCAACAACAUUCGCAAACUACACAGCUUUCUGGAAGGGACCCGCACGAAGGAUUUCCGUAUAGAUGUGUGCCGAGUGGGUGAUCUAGUGCUACUGCAGCGCGUUGAACCUAAGGAUGUAGACUACCCCGAGCAUGCUGGUUUCGGAUUUGAUUUUGAGCGAGUGUAUGCAGAGCGAGACCGGCCACAUUCCGCUGGAACUCAUAGGCGUGUAGUUUAUUAUGACCUAGCAGGAAUGGGUAUGCUUAUAGGGAGUGAGACUGACGCUGUCCUGGACAGGAACACUGACGAUAUCGAGUAUGAUCUAUCCACAGCGCUAGCCGUGGUGAGCAUCAACAAUGAGACUACUCAGAAAGACUUCAAGGACUCCGAUCUCAAAAUACGUAGGGGAGGUGCGCCAUUGACCACAGUGAAAUACGAUGCGGCGGAGUUGUGUACGAAAGCGAUCAAAUUUGCGCACGAAUUUGACUACGCCGAUAAAUGGCUACAGAUGUACCUGGCUGGAGCCAAAUAUCUCUUACUCGGAUUUCAUCUCAGAGGUUACAUCACAUCACCCGAGCUGAUAGAUAUCGAUAUGUGCAAAGAGAGAGUAGAAGGCGACCCUAGCCGAAAUAUGGGCCGACUUGCGGCAUUGCUAGAUGAGAUUGUCGAUGUCGCGCAAUCGUACCCUGAAGAUGUUAUUUGGACAUUGCAUUUCACAGCCAGUACUCAAAAGCUGGUCAAAAAGCGGCUUAAUCGCUAUCGGUAA